GUAGACCUUAUGAACGGGACAAAGUGUGCCAGGAGUUCAAGGCGCUGGGGAAGGAGGAUUUCCGAACCCUGACCAUCAUUGCCAACAGCAGGAAGUUCUCCAACGCCACCUUCGAGGAGAUCGGCCACCUGGUCCGCGAAAUCGUCUCCCUGGCCGAAACCUGCUGCGCCGACGGCGCCGACCCCUCCUGCUACGACGAUGGGUCCUCGGCGCUGUCGGCCAAGUCGUGCAGCGGCCGCUCGCCCUUCCCGGUCCACCCCGGGACGGCCGAGUGCUGCACCCACGAGGGGCUGGAGCGCAAGCUGUGCCUGGCCGCCCUGCACCACCCGCCCCAGGAGCUGCCCAAAUACCUCCAGCCCUCGGACCAGGAGCUGUGCCAGGCCUUCCGGAGCGACCCCAAGGACUUCGCCGAUCGGUUCCUGCACGAGUACGCCAGCAGCUACAGCCAAGCGCCCCUGCCCCUGCUGCUGGGCUCCGCCAGGACCUUCCUGUCCAUGGUCUCCAGCUGCUGCAUCUCCCCCGCGCCCACCGCCUGCUUCCUGAGGGAGAAACUGGAGAGGAAAACCCUCUCCCUCCUCACCCUGGUGGCCAACCGGGCGUGCAGCCGCUUCACGGCCUACGGGAAGGACAAGUUUACCUUCAGUUACCUGACGGCGCUGGCCCAGAAGACGCCGGCCGCGGCCUUCGAGGACCUGCUCCCCCUGGCAGAAGGCGCCGCCGAGGUGUUCGCCCAGUGCUGCGACUCCGUGGCCGAGGACUGCAUGCAGAAAAGG